GUCUUGAAGCUCAAAGCAUCAGGUCAGCCUCUCCAAUCCUCUACAAACACCACCACCAAACUCCACUAGUAGCCACGAGAAGCGCUAGGUAGGUAGGUAAUAAAUUCCCAAGCCUCAUGUAAUUGUACAUUCUCCUCAUUCUCCAAUCAUCUCCAAUGUUCUGGUCCAUCGCGGCCUAUCUAUAAAUGAAGCUCCUCUUCAUUUCCAGCUCGAUUUUUGUUCUUUCAAUCAGCAUCUUCUACAGUUCGCAACUCAGAGAUAUCUUCUACAGCUUCAAAGCCGUCAAGAAUACAAACAUCAAUACCGAUACAAUCAACCAAACACCAAUUCAACCCAUCACGACGACUUCAAUUCCAGCAGAGACGACCUCUAUGACCGCAGCAAACACAGUCAAAGCAACCAUGUCCAAAGCCCUCUCCCACGCAAAGAUCGUCCCUCGCCGGUCCGCAGACCGCGGACACGCAAACCACGGCUGGCUGAACACAUACCACACCUUCUCGUUCGCCAACUACUACGACGCGCGAUACCAGAACUUCGGGUCUUUGCGCGUGCUGAACGAGGAUCGUGUUGAUGGCGGCAGUGGAUUCCCAACCCACCCUCACCGAGAUGCCGAGAUCUUCAGCUAUAUUCUGAGCGGAGAGUUGACGCAUAGGGAUAGCAUGAUUAAGAAGGGCGCGGAGGGAUCGCAGGGUGAUGAUUUCUACAGGAUGAAGAGGGGAGAUGUGCAGUUUACUACAGGUGGAAGUGGCAUCGCCCACUCCGAACAAAACGAAUCAUCUGAACAAGUCCACUUCCUCCAAAUCUGGGCCCUCCCCUGGUCCCGCGGCCUCACCCCCCGCUACCACACAAAAACCUUCUCCGAAUCCGCAAAACGGGAAGCCUUCCUCCCAAUCCUCUCGCCUCUCAAGGGCGGAAAAUCCGCAACCCCAGCUCAGGAGAAGGCAGCUGAGGCAAUCCUCCCUGACACUAUUCCUAUACAUGCGGAUCUGGUCAUGGCAGCGGGUAUCAUUCCUGUUGACAAGAGGUUCAAGUGGACUAUUGGAGGUGGUGAUGGUGUGGUUACCAAGAAGGCGGGGAGACAUGUGUAUGUGCAUUUGCCGAUGACGAAGGGUGGUGCGUCGAAGGUUAGGAUUGAUGGUAGGGAGGAGGUGGUGUUGAGUGAGGGGGAUGGAGCAUUUAUUAGCGAUGUUAAUGUGGGGGAUGUGUUGAGUGUGGAGAGUGUAGGCGAGGCAGAGGCGGAGGUUGUUGUGCUGGAUAGUGAUUAGAUGGUCUAGGACUCUUCUUUGACCUAACUUUUGUAUUCUCGCUCAAAAUACCAAUUCAUUGAUCUGUACUCAUCUCG